GUAACAAUGAAUUUGCACAAUCAUCUUUUAUAAAUAGACUUAAAAUAUAAAGCCAUUGAAGUUAGCAAGGAAGUUUUCAGUUUUGAGAAAGAUGGCGGUAAGCUUAAUGGAAGGAAUUCUUCCAUUUCCGGCGAUGAUGGCGAUGGAGUGUAUCAACGUCGGUCUAAACACUCUUUUCAAAGCCGCCACCGCCGCCGGCAUGAGCCACCACGUGUUCGUCGUUUAUUCUUACUCUUUCGCCGCCCUUCUCCUCCUCCCUUCCCCGUUCAUCUCUCGCCGAUCUACUCGUCUUCCGCCGCUCAAUUACUCUGUAAUUUCAAAGAUUGCUCUGCUUGGACUCAUCGGUUCUUGUUCGCAGAUUAUGGGAUACACAGGAAUCAAUUACAGUUCUCCAACGCUUGCUUCCGCCAUCAGCAACCUUGUUCCUGCUUUCACUUUCAUCCUUGCCAUCAUUUUCAGGAUGGAGAAAGUGGUAUUGAAGAGCAAUAGCAGUCAAGCAAAAGUGGUGGGCACCAUAAUAUCAAUAUCAGGGGCAUUUGUGGUAACUUUUUACAAGGGUCCAAGAAUCAUAUUAUCUUCAGCACCCAUUUCUCUUUCACUUCAUCACCAUCCACAACUGUCCUCUUUAGAUUCUAAUUGGGUCAUUGGUAGCCUUCUCUUGACUGCUGAAUAUAUCUUGGUUCCACUUUGGUACAUUGUUCAGACAAAAAUAAUGAAGGAAUACCCAGAAGAGGCAACAGUGGUCUUCUUCUACAACUUAACUGUGGCCAUUAUAGCUGCAGUUGUAGGUGCGAUUUUAGAGACAGAUCCAAGUGCUUGGAUUUUGAGGCAAAAUACAGCAUUGGCCUCUGUUUUAUGCUCUGGACUUUUUGGAUCAUGUUUAAACAAUACAGUUCAUACAUGGGCACUCCGCUUGAAAGGGCCGGUGUUCGUAGCAAUGUUUAAGCCGCUGUCGAUCGUCGUCGCAAUCGUAAUGGGUGUUCUGUUUCUUGGUGAUUCUCUACAUCUUGGAAGUCUUAUUGGAGCAUCCAUAAUAUCCAUAGGGUUUUAUACUGUAAUGUGGGGAAAAGCAAAAGAAGAAAUGGGUGUUGAUGAAGAAAAAGAAGAAGGCCAUAGCCAUAAUCUUAACAAGGAAUCACAUGAAGAUCAGAGAGUACCUCUUCUUGGAACCUACAACACACAAAGAUACAAUGCAGAUCAUGUAUAAGCAAAGCCAAGAAAAUGAUUGAUGAUCCAACUUUUAUUUACCUUCAAUCUAUGGCCAUGGCUAUGAAUAUUUCUAAGGAUGGGAAGGAAAUUGUACAAUUUGUUUGUGGUUAGAGCAUGCCAUAGGGUAGUAAAGAUUUUUAACACUUUUCAUUUCCCAAUGUAUCAAUGGAAAGGUUAAUUUGUAUGUACUCUAAAUUUCAAAUGGCUUCAAAUUAUCUAUGGACAGGAUUGAUACAACUUUUAUUUGCCUUCAAGCUAUGGCUAUGGCCAAGCAUGGGAGGAUGAAUUGUAAAAUUUGUUUGUGGUCAGAACAUGUCUUAGGGUUGUAAACAUUUUUUUUACACUUUUGACCAUGUAACAAUGAAACAUUAGUUUUCUAUGUA